CAUAUAAUUAACUUCCUCAGAUAGUGAUUGCCGUAUUCUCUCUUCUUUCUACCCUCCCCUAUCACCAUUUCAAUAUCAUUCUCCCAUAAUGGCGACUGAAACAUCAGAUCAGUCGGGAAAUAGUGACGCCAACAUUUAUAAGGAUCUCCAAUCAUAUCCAUGGAGUACUGAUAAUGAGUUCCAGGUAAGCGGCUCUUUUGAAUUCUUCCUUCAGUUAUCAGCCUCGGUAAUGUUGUAGCUCAAUGUCGCUCCUCAUUGUUUUGUCUGCAGUAACUUGUUCCAAGCUUGAUAUCUUCAUAAGUUCAUGUACUGACAAUCAACAGGGGGGUCUUUCUGCUAUACUGGGCAAUGCGUCUUCUCCUGAACAAAUUCGAGAAUUGACACUUCGGGCUCAAUGCUUCUAUCUUUCUCGAAAGAAGAAAAUUAACAUCGAUUUUGAUGAAUAUAAAGCAUAUCUUGCCACCCAUCCAUCCCCGCCUUCCUCUACUGAUGUUGCUGCGACCACCACCAUACCCUCGGAUCCUACUCUAUCCUCCAACACUUCACAUCCCCAUCAUGAAAAUGACCUACCCCCUGCUAGUACCACAGAUGAUCAAAAGACUGCACCAUACCCUCAAUCUUUUGCUGAGAUCGUCGCUUUGAUCACAGCCGGUGGUACAAUCCCGGGCAUCCGUGAUAUUCCUGAUACAGUUCUUACGGAUCAGGGUACCAAGCCACUUGCACGAAAGCGCCGUAAGCCAUGGGAGAAAGACGUUGAUGAGGAGGCCAUUCAGGGUGGUGGAACUUUUGGCGAUCACAGAGACAUCAUUAUCCAACAAGAAUAUCCCACUGAUGUAUAGAGAAUAUCUAUUGCACAUCAGUCGCGAUGUAUUUCUCCCAUCCUUAAAAUUUCGGACCUCCUGGACGAGGAUAUCCAAGGCCGGCGACGUCGGGGAUGCUACGCAUUGAGCUUUAUUCACAACUUCUUUUACAUCAAAAGCGAAGUUGAAUAUUGAGUGGGCCCAUUGAGCUAAGGGACGACUAAUUUUUAAUUCCAUAUAUGCUACUCAAACUGGGCUGCCUGAAUUUGUGAUUAAACUUGUAGGUUGUAUCACCUCACGUGAAUUUGCCCCGUCAAAUUUACUCCACAUUUCAAAUUUCCGCGCUUGAAAAUUG